UUGUAGCGAGCGCAUACACACACACACACACAUACAAACACACACACACUCACAGACAAACACACACACUUUCAUACGGCCCACUCGACAGAACUCAGCCUAACGCUGCCCCCUUGUGUCAGUUACGUGUCUUGCAAGUCAAACCUGGAUUGACUUUUGCUUUCUCUUCCUCCUCCUCUCCCUGUGCCUCUCCCUCCUCACCCAGGCUGCCUGUUCUUCCUGUGUCUGGGGCUCAUGUACAUGUUCCGGACCAACAAGGCCUUCGUAGCCCCCUUCCAGGAAAAGAUAGUCAUCGGCGUGUUCUUCCUGGGAGCCAUUCUGUGUCUGUCCUUCUCCUGGCUCUUCCACACGGUGUACUGCCACUCUGAGGGCGUGUCACGCGUCUUCUCCAAGUUGGACUACUCUGGUAUAGCCUUCCUGAUCAUGGGCUCGUUUGUUCCGUGGCUCUACUACUCCUUCUACUGCUCCCCCCAGCCCUGCUUCAUCUACCUGAUCGUGGUUUGCAUCCUGGGCCUGGCAGCCAUCACCGUCUCCCAGUGCGACUUCUUUGCCACGCCGCAAUACCGCGGCGUCCGAGCAGGUGUGUUUGUGGGCCUGGGUCUGAGCGGGGUCGUCCCCAGCCUGCACUUUGUCAUUUCUGAGGGCUUCCUACGGGCCACCACCAUGGGCCAGAUGGGCUGGCUGCUCCUCAUGGCCACCCUGUACAUCACUGGAGCCUGCCUCUACGCAGCACGCAUACCUGAGAGGUUCUUCCCUGGGAAGUGCGACAUUUGGUUCCACUCCCACCAGCUGUUCCACAUCCUGGUGGUGGCAGGAGCGUUCGUCCACUUCCACGGCGUGUCCAACCUGCAGGAGUUCCGCUACACUGCUGGGGCUGGCUGCGCUGUGGAGGACGCCCUGUGAGCCCUCCACCGGUCGUCACGGCAACACACCGCCUGGGGGAGACUCUCACAACAAACACACACACUUUCUCUCCUCCCGCAGUGAAACAGGCUGCUUUGCCUCCUUGUACAUCCCUGGAUGACCUCCAGAGAGCAACAUUAAAACAGACAGGGAGUUCUUUUCCUUGAAUGGGAAACCUAUGUAAAUAUGUAUGACCUUUGUUCUGUUGUUUUGAAUCUUUGAUGGUUUGAUUGACUUAAUUUGGUUGCAUCAAAGUUUUGUUUUGUUGUUGUUAUUGAGACUGGUUUUUCAACCGUCCCAAUGAUGAUGAUUUGGAGUUUGUUAUGGUUGAAUGUUGGAUGAUACAUAUUUUUGCUUAUGGUGCAGAGAGAAACAUAAUAGUUUUUUUGCUAAAUGCAAUGAGGGUUGUCCGGAGAGAAAAACUCUAAAUAAUUCUAAAAGGAAUUGAAAAAGAAAAUUAAAAAAAAACACUAGGUUUUCUCUCAGUCUCUCUAUGACAAGGGUGUUUGGGUUUGGGAUGUGCCGCUUUCAAACCGUUUUUUCAUGUAAAUAAGAUUUCUAAAUUUUGGGUUAUAUAGAUUUGUAUUAAAUAAAUAUAUAUAUAUAUAUAUAUAAAAUAACACAAAAAAAGAGAUUUUGGACAAGAAUAGAAAAGCUGGGGGGAAAGAAAGCAUACAGAGAUACAACAAGUAAGACUGAAACAAAACAAAAAGUUGUCUUAAACAAUUGUUGUAUCUUUGAGGAGCAGCACACUCGCUCAUACACACACACACACACAGCCUGUGUGCUAGAGAUCAACGAGCAGGUCCCAAUACCCCUUACAGGUGCCUUUCUGAGGCCCAGAGACAGGGACCAGGCUGGGUUCCCCAGGGUGGGUUCCCCAGGCUGGGUUCCCCAUGGUGUUCUCCUCCCAGACAGACAGUUCCAGACCCAGGUCUAGGGAACGCCAGGGUGCUACCGUGUGACAGUGGUUUCACCCUCCUUUGACCAGAUCAACAAGAAGAACAACAAGUGCAUCUCAGAGUGUUUGGGUUAGGUGUCUUUUCGUUUUUCAUUUUUAGCACCAUUUUUUAUUGUUUACCAUGAUCGUUGAUAAAAAGCUUUAUUUUCAAUUUUAUUUUUCUUGCCCAGCCGCACUUGGGUGGACAUGAUGAUGAUGUUGGUUUGUUUUGCUCUGUAGUUAUUUGGGAAUGGAUAAGUUCAAUGAUCAAUGCAGGGGCUUGAGACCUCCAUUCAUCUGUUUGUUCAUCGUUUAUCUAUUUCCAAAUUGUCCAGGACCAGGGUUGAAAGAGACAGCGUUGUCUUUGAUUAGCUUGUCUUCUGCCCCAGUUCGAAAUCUCCCAGUCAGCUCUUCUAUCCCCAGCUAAGGGAGAAGGGUUCAGAGAGUUGAUGUGUUUGAAUGGUUUGGGAUGGGGGGGGGGGGGGGGGGGGGGCUGUGUUUAAAGCUUGUAUCCUGUUGCAGUGUUGCAGUUCAGUUUCUCCUGUACUCGAGGUAGUACCUCAAGGUAGAAAGGAGAGUCCAAGGAGGUUGAUCAAACCCAUUUUUCUAGAGUUUUCUGACAAUUUUGGGGUUAGUUUUAGUCAACUCCACACAGGACCGUCCUACCAGACUGCAGCGGUCUUGUGGGACUGUCCCGCUACCGGAAACAUCGGAGGAAGGUGCUGCUGUGUUGUUUAAGUGUUUGCGUUUUUUUUGUUUUUCAGGGGGGUGGAGGGGGGGGAGUGCAUUUUUUGUUUGUUGUUGAAGCACACAUUAGUGUUGUGGAAGAGUGUAUGAUUGCAAUAGACCUUUAUAUCUGCUGUAUUGUUCUAAUAAAAAAUUUUUGGGAAACUU